AUGCCUCCACCUCAUCCUCCCUUUCAUCUUCUACCUCUUUCUCCACCUCGUCCUCCUCCUCCACCACCACCAAAUAAAGUCCUCUACGUUGGCAGUCUCCUUUCCGAUACCAAUUCUGCCGGCUUAAACAAGUAUUUCUCUGAAGUUUACAACCUUCUCGACUCACAGCCAGGCUUGAUACGUGUGAAGAUUCUUCUCAACCACAACCAAACAGAAGCCUACGCCCUUGCCUACUACGAGACCGUAGAGAACGCUACCGCUGCAAUGAAAGAUCUCAAGAACGCAAAGACUCCGGGAACCCAGAGGCCUCUCCAAGUGACAUAUGCAACAUCUCCCAAGACCAGUCUUACUACUGAGCUCCCUGGUGUGGCUCAAAACCUCGCAGGGAACAGACCUUCCAACACAAGAUCUCAGACUUCCAGGAGAGGUGGGCCUCAAUCUGAUAUUUCUCUACCAGAAUGGACUCCGAAUACUAGAGGUCCCGGAUUGCUUGGUGAUAGACCACUAUCCGUUAUCGCCCCACCAGAGCAGACUCCGAAUGUUAGAGGUCCCGGGUUGCUUGGUGAUAGAGAGUUUGUCCCCGGUAACUAUAACAUCACUGGAGAUAGGCCGCUCGCUCAUUCUGCCACCACGCUUGGAGAUAGCAAAUAUGCUCCUGUCAUGCAUGAAAUGCCAGGAUUUUCUUCUGGUCCUGUGGACGACAAGAAGGUGAUCGAGUUCAAAAGAAAGAAACCCGAACAGGAAGAGGAGCUCAAGAAGAAGGAACUCUGGGAGAACGAACUCAGGCAGAAGGAGCAGGAGCUCAAGAAGAACGAGCUUAGGCAGGAGGAGCUCAGGCAGAAGGAGAAAGAGUUCAUGCAGAAGGAGCUCAGGCAGAAGGAGCUCAGGCAGAAGGAACUCAGGCAGAAGGAUGAGGAGCUCAAGCAAGAGGAGCUCAAGGGGAAGGAGCUCAGGCAGAAGGAGCUUAAGGAGAAGGAGCUCAGGGUGAAGAGAAAUGAGUCUAAGAAACUUCAGGAGCUUAUCAAGGAGAAGCAAAACGACGCAUUGCUUAAUAAACAAAUACUGGAAAGCCUUGGAAAAAGCGAAUCAAAGAAAGAGCUCGGGGAGGCCACACGCAAGGAGGGAGGACUACUUAAGACAGAACUUACAACAAACAGUAUCCAAGGGCUCAGAGAAAAGGAACUUAAGCAGAAUCCCCUCCAAGAAGAGUUGAAAAAAAAGCACCAAGUACUCAUUGAUAAGAAGUGUGCAGCGCUAGUGAUUGCAGGGGAGAAGGCCGCUAAUGAGGUUGAUGCUGGGAGAAAGACGCGCAAGGAAAUCAAUGAGAUGGUGCUCAGAGAAAAGCCUGCUUAUGAGGAACGUAAGCAGAAACCUAAAGCAAAGUACCAGGCCGAGGGCCCCGUCCUUGAACAGGAGGGUCUUAUGAAGAGAAUCGGUGAUAUCGAACGUAUACAGGGAAACAUUCGACAUGAGCUGAGCGGAAACAUCAGUCUCACGGAUAGAUUGAUGCUACUUAGUGCGAAAGGGCCCAAGCAGAUGACGGUUGAAAAGAAUCCGCACGUUCAAGAAGAAAUCCAAGUCAAAGAAAUAACCAACAUCGCAAUUACCCCCAACACUAGCACCUCAAAUUUUAUGCGCCCCGCAACAACUUUGACAGACGGAGAAACGGGAAAAAUGCUUGAGAUAUCGAUGGGCAUGGAGGAGUUUGGUAUAACUGAGGAGGAGUGGGAUGAUGCGUUCUAG